AUGAAUUCCAGUAAAUGUGUGGUUUCAUAGUGUGGGUUGGGGUAUAUAUAUAUCCACUUUCACCAGAAGCAUUAUAAUUUCAGCCUCUGGUGAAGAGAUAUAUUUGGUUAUUUAACUGCACUAGACCAUCACAUUCUAAUUCUACAAUGGAUAUCUGCUUCAGAUUGCUGCAUAAUCAUGCAGCCAGAACCUCUAGCUCAUGGUUCUACCACAUCCUCUUGUAUUCAAUUUUCACCAUAUGGACUGUAGUAGAAGGCUGGUCCUACCAUCAUUCCCCUAAAAUUAUGAACUGGGACAAUGCUAGAACGUGGUGCAGGAAGAACUAUACUGACAUGGUGGCCAUUCAGAAUCGUGAAGAGAUCUCUCACCUUAACGACAUCCUGCCCAAGAAGCCUAAUUACUACUGGAUAGGGAUCCGUAAGGUGGCCAGCGUGUGGACCUGGGUGGGCACCAAUAAGACUCUGACGGCCGAGGCAGAGAACUGGGCAGGGGGUGAACCCAACAAUGGUGGGAACAACGAGGACUGCGUAGAGAUAUACAUCAAGAGGGACAAGGACGCAGGGAAGUGGAAUGAUGAGUCAUGUGGGAAGGAAAAGACGGCUCUGUGUUACACAGCCUCGUGUAAGAGUAACUCGUGCAACCAUGGAGUCUGUGUGGAGACCAUCAACAGCCACAAAUGUGAGUGCUUUGAGGGCUUCUACGGAAACCAGUGUGAGAAAGUUAUUCAAUGUAAGAUGGAGGAAGUCACUGUUCCUGAUAAAGCCAGUGUCAGUUGCUCCCACCCCAAUGGGAAUUUCUCCUUCAACUCAACAUGUCAGUAUUUCUGUGAAGAAGGGUACCAGCUAAACAAUUCUGGAAAUAUGAAAUGCACAGCCUCACAAUCAUGGUCGGGACAGCCUCCUACCUGUGAAUUGCUGCAAUGCAGUAAGCUGUAUGAACCCAUGAUGGGUUCCAUGGCCUGUUACCAUCCACUGGGCUCCUUCAGCUACCUGUCUACCUGUGUGUUUACCUGUAAGGAGGGCUAUGAGAUGGUCAACAGCUCUCCUGUACUGCAGUGUGGAGCGUCAGGACAGUGGAACACCUCACUACCACAGUGUGUUGCUGUAAGCUGCCCUUCAUUACAAAAGCCACAGGAUGGCGCUAUCACCUGUGAUGAGGAUUUCACUUAUGGAAGCAGCUGCAGGUUUAGCUGCUCUGAGGGUUAUCGCCUACAGGGGGCCAGCAAGGUGAUCUGCACAUCAGCUGCCAAGUGGAGUGAGAAGAUACCGCACUGUGAAGCUAUCAAAUGCCUGGAGCCAGAGAAAAGAGUUCACUUGUUGACUGAGUGUAGCCAUGCCCCCAACGUCCUCUGGCCAAACUCCACCUGUAGUUUCAGCUGUGCUGCAGGUUUCCACCUACUUGGGGCACCCAAUACAAAGUGCACAGAGAUGGGACAAUGGAGCACUGACAUGCCCACCUGCACAGCUAUUCAAUGCCCAUCACCGGUGGCACCACAUGGGGGCCAGGUCAGCUGUGAGGACCCCUCCCAUUCCUGGGGCUCUAGCUGUGCCUUCCGCUGUGAUGAGGGCUUCAACCACCAAGGCGCCUCAAGCAUGAAGUGUUCAGGAUCAGGGGAGUGGAGCGCAGACUUUCCAAUCUGUACAGCUAUUCAGUGCCCAUCUCCUGUAGCACCACAUGGGGGCCAAGUCAGCUGUGAGGACCUCUCCCAUUCCUGGGGCUCUAGCUGCACCUUCAGCUGUGAUGAGGGCUUCAACACCCAAGGGGCCUCAAGCAUGAAGUGUUCAGGAUCAGGGGAGUGGAGCGCAGACAUCCCAACCUGUACAGUGUUGGAAUGCCCCUUGCUUCAGGCUCCAGUUAAUGGACAAAUGAGUUGUUUCCACGAAAGCUCAGAUGCAACCACCUAUGGCUCAGAGUGCUCCUUCUUCUGUGACCAAGGUUACAUUCUCCAUGGACACGAGGCCAUCAUUUGUGAUCUCUAUGGCAACUGGACAGGAGAGGUGGCAGUGUGCCAAGCAUCUCCUGGGCCACUCUUGAGGCCCACCACCAUGGAACUGGCUGCAAUAGGUGCUGUGUCAUUGUCUGGCAUCUCUCUGGCUGCAUGGUUCCUCAAACGACUCAGACGGAAAGCUAACAAGUUUCAUCUGGAUAGCACUUCAGACAUAGAGGAACCUCCACAGACCUACAAGAGUAGCAUUGACAGCCUAAUUUAGCGGUGAACCACAAAAGCAGGAGAAACGUUAGGAACAACUGCAGGAACUGGUUUGUUCCAUUUUCACUGAAGAACUGUUAGUUAAACCUGUUAUUAGAACUGUUAGUUCUAAUAACAUAUCUGGCUUCUCUUAACCAGAUGAAGGAGUCAAGUCAAGGUUAAAGCAUCAUGUUGGCCAUAGUCUUUGUAAGAUUAUUCAUGCUUUUCUGAAUUUAAUUAGUCCUUUUCAUGAAAACAGGAAUAUUAAGCAAGCAAGUAGGAUUAUUCCACUAUUAGUAAGGGAUAUUUCAUAUUAAUCAGAUAGAUUAUUGUCAUGAACAUACUCAGGGCUAUGAGAAAGUGUCACCCAAUGUCUCCCCUGGAAAUGCCGGAUUAAUUAGUCAAUAAUGUUUAUCAUUUUGCUUAUAGGUUACUUAUUCAUGCAAGCUUUUAUUAGCAAGCAUAGCUUACAAUUACUUGUCUGUCAUUUUUAUCAUAAGGAGAGUCCAAUAACCAGGGAAUGCAAAAGACGCAAAGAAUCCACUCACUGCCAGGAAAACACGUUUUAUGACCCUAUACACAUUUAUCUUGCCAAAUUGUUUAGCAUCACCUAUACAGGAAACUUCUAAUGUAAACGUUUAUUUUUAUCACAAAGCAAAGUUUACAGUUUACAUAGCCGUACUCUGUUGGGUUACAUCGGCAAUAUAUUGGUUGAGGAAGUUGGACAGAUAUAUGAUUGAUUAUGUGAGGGAUUUUUCUUUUUACAAAAAGUAUCUAAGUUUGAGGACCAAACAAGUUAGGCUCCGGUUGUACUGACGAUAAUAAUCUUAUUGAGAAAGUAGAAAUAAUGUUGUUAUUCACUAGGGCAUGUCCGGACGGGUUAUACUUAAAGCUCUCUUCAUGCAACCGGGAAUUCUGAGUUUCCUCAAAUUUUCGUUUGACAGACUCUGACUUUCUGAAUUAACCCUCCGCCUCACAGUUCCUCAGUACAAAAAUAAGCAUUUGAGGACAGAGGACAGAGGUGCUACAAUGAGCAUAAUAAAUAAUUGUUAUGCAUCAUUGACCUAUCAUUGAACAUGUUAUCCUCCCUAAGGGAGUUUUGUCUUUGAACAAAUUGUUCACCACUGGUUGGUAAAUAACAUUUUUAUGUUUCUGUAACUUUCUUAUCCAAACUACAGAAUAUAUAAUAUCCCACUGUA